UCCCGUUUAGAGCCCCCUGGCGUGGAGUGAUCCUUAGAACUGGAUGAACCAGGAGCAGCACGGCUCUCUGGAGAGAUUAGCCUGGCACUGGACAGACCUGAAUUCCUGGCUCUGCAGCCGGACGGCGGGGUGACCUGAGGCAGAUUGCGCCCUGAGACGCAAGGGAAAUGAGCAACAGAAAUGAGAAGAGAGAAGAUGGACACCUUCAGCACCAAGAACUUGGUUCUGCAAGCUCAGAAAAAGCUGCUGAGCAAGAUGGCCUCCAAGACCAUGGCGAACAUCUUCAUUGAUGACACCAGCAGCGAGGUUCUGGACGAGCUGUACCGGGUCACCAAGGAGUUCACCCACAACCGCAAGGAGGCCCAGAAGAUCAUCAAGAACCUGAUCAAGAUCGUCAUGAAGCUGGGGGUACUGUACCGCAAUCGGCAGUUCAGCGCCGAUGAGCUGCGGCUGAUGGAGCACUUCCGCAAGAAAGUGCACACCCUGGCUAUGACCGCCGUCAGCUUCUACCAGAUAGACUUCACCUUUGACCGCAGGGUCAUGUCCGGCGUGCUGAACGAGUGCCGCGACCUGCUCCACCAGGCCGUCAACACCCACCUGACGGCCAAGUCCCACUCCAGGAUCAAUCACGUCUUCAACCACUUUGCGGACUACGAGUUCCUGUCGGCGCUGUAUGGACCUUCUGAACCCUACCGCACCCACCUGCAGAGGAUCUGCGAAGGGGUCAACAAAAUGCUGGAUGAGGACAACAUAUGAACCAGCAAAGACAAGGCCUGAGAGCAAAUGUUUGGCUCUUUGCCUGACUCUCUUCCACCUGGACUCUCCAGGCUGCAUUCUGGUAUCCGUGAAUUCAACGGCAAGACGUCUGUUGUUCUCAGUGGGGUCAGGCCUUCUCGCUCGCUCUUUCUCCACGUUGCGAAACGUCUUGCUCUUUCCUUUUUUUUCUCCUGAAGACCAAGGACCCUUCACUUUCUGUCUAAAUGAGGUUGCAAUCUGCUGCUUGUCUUAGUAGCUGGAAUCUCUUCACCUCACUUUAGCUCCCUAAUGAAAUUAAAAUGAGACAAAGCAGCUUCCGUCUCUACCCUACUGGGGCACAACCACACCAAAGGCGGGGUUGUUUGUAUGAGUGAAACUGGAGAAAAUGCUCUUUUUUGCACUGGCUUGAUAUCUCCGCUUUGGAACCCAACCCAGUGUCUAUAACCCAUCAGAGGCCAAGCCCCACAGCCCCUACCCACUGUACAUGAGCUCUCUGUUUAAAGGUUCUUGGUCUCACUGUAUAUAUUUUUAUCCACCAAGUGCUCUUAAACCCACAAUUCAGAGUCCAAGGAGUCCUGCUGUAGCAAAAUCUCUCUCACUUCUAAAUCUGUUUUCAUUCUGGUGAGGGGGGAAACCCACUACAUCUUGUGUGUAGCUUUUUUUUUUUUUCUUGGUUAAGAUUAAUUCAAGCAGAGAGCAUGGAGGAGUGGUUCAGGUGUCCUGCCACUGCCAAGAUGUAAGGCUGUCUAUCCUGAAGUUCAACCAUGCGGGCUGGGUUUAAACACAGUUUCCCUGGCCAGCGUAGAAAAGGAUGAGCCAUAUUCUAAAUGCUUUACAAAUCCAUGCUAUGGUCUAGCACCCCUAGGCCAGGGAAAGUGCAUUAGAACCUUGCAAGCAAGAAUUGGGUUGUGGUGUUUACCUCACUAUUGUCUCCCGGGAGGCCAAGAUAUGGAUAGUGGGAGGAUCUCACAUAGGGAUGGACCCUGCUUGGAUGGAUCACCCCACAAGUAGAGUCCUGCACGGAUACAAAAUUGGUAUCCACAUCCGCAAAUAUGGUCUGCGGAUAUAAAGUGGAUAUCUACAGAUUUGCAGGGCUAUACCCACCGGGUCCCAGGAUGGGGAGGGACCCUUGAAUGGGGGAGAGGCUGCAAUGAGGGUGGUCAGGUUUAGACACUGUUGUGGUUUGAAGCUUAACACAGGUCAGGCCUAAACUAGGGGCUGGAGCAAGAAGUGGUCAUGCUCCAGGUACCACUUGCCCCUCCUGACUGUUGCCCAAUGGGUACUUUGGGCCAGUUACGGAGGCAGCCUCUCCCUUCUGACUGAGAAUGGUGGAGCAUUAUUUUCUGUCCAUGUUCCUUUCCCACAGGGGAAAAGAGGAGACUGUAUUUUCAAACCAAAUAGCAAAUGUGCACUUUCCUCCUCCUCCUCUGAAAUCCAAACUGAAUUUCUCUGUCGUCAGCCUCUCCGGCUGAUUAUAUCAAUGUAAUUGUUUAGAUUUGGUCCUCUGGGGCUUUCCCUAGUAUGUCGUAGGUUGGAAACAACGUCUUAGAUUCCAAUAAAUUACAA